GGCGUUCUCUGUGGACAGCUACAACCGGCUAGCCAGGGUCCUUCCCCAUACGGAGUCCUGCGCCUAGCGGAUUAGUCGAGUUGAGGUGGACAUCAUGCCGACUGUUGGCGUGAAACGGGACCUUCUAUUCCAGGCUUUGGGGAGAACAUACAGUGAUGAGGAGUUUGACGAGCUGUGUUUUGAGUUUGGACUGGAGUUGGAUGAGAUCACGUCGGAGCGGGACAUGAUCAGUCGGGAGCAGGGGGAUGAGCGUGCGUCCGCAGCCUCGGAUGUGGUGCUCUACAAGAUCGAUGUCCCCGCCAACCGAUACGACCUGCUCUGCCUGGAGGGACUGGUGCGAGGCCUGCAGGUCUUCAAGCAGAGGAUUGAGGCCCCUCGAUACAGGUGUGUCAAAGCCUCUGGUGGGGAAGCUCAGAAGCUCAUCAUAACUAAAGAGACGGCAGCUGUGAGGCCCCAUGCAGUGGCUGCUGUGUUGAGGAACAUCACCUUCACCCAGGAGCGCUACGACAGCUUCAUCGAGCUGCAGGAGAAACUCCACCAGAACGUCUGCAGGAAGAGGACCCUGGUUGCCAUAGGAACCCAUGACCUGGACACCAUCAGUGGUCCGUUCACGUACACGGCCAAACCGCCCGGCGACAUCCUCUUCUCGCCUCUCAACCAGACCAAGGAGUACACCGCCACCCAGCUCAUGGACCUCUACAAGACGGACAGCCACCUACGGCACUACCUGCACAUCAUCGAGGACGAGCCGCUCUACCCCGUCAUCUACGACAGCAACGGAGUAGUGCUCUCCAUGCCCCCCAUCAUCAACGGGAACCAUUCCAAAAUCUCCCUCAACACAAAGAAUGUUUUCAUUGAGUGUACAGCUACAGAUCUCACAAAGGCAAAGAUUGUUCUGGACAUGAUGGUGACCAUGUUUAGCGAGUACUGUGCUGAGCCCUUCACGGUGGAAGAGGCUGAAGUCAUGUACCCUGAUGGACGGUGCUGUGUGUACCCUGAGCUGGCCUACAGGACAGAGACGCUCUCAGGAGAGUUCAUCAACCGCAGAGUGGGCAUCAAGGAGUCUGCUGAGAACAUCGCCGGGCUGCUGACGCGCAUGUGCUUGAGGUCGGAGGUCACGGGCCAGGGCGACCAGAUCAAGGUGGAGAUCCCGCCCACACGCUCUGAUGUCAUCCACGCCUGUGACAUCAUGGAGGACGCCGCCAUCGCCUACGGCUUUAACAACAUCACCCGCACCACGCCCAAAACCUACACCGUAGCCAAUCAGCUCCCAUUGAAUAAGUUGACAGAGUUGCUGAGGACUGACCUGGCUGCAGCUGGAUUCACCGAGGGACUCACGUUCACUCUGUGUUCUCAGGAGGACAUAGCUGAUAAAUUGGGGAAGAACAUAAAGGAUAUCAAAGCUGUCCACAUCGCCAACCCAAAGACUGCAGAGUUCCAGGUGGCACGCACCACUCUGUUGCCAGGGUUACUGAAGACUCUGGCUGCCAAUCGCAAGAUGCCUCUCCCUCUCAAGCUGUUUGAGAUCUCAGACGUUGUCAUGAAGGACGAUAAGAAAGAUGUGGGAGCGCGUAAUAACCGGCGCCUGUGUGCGGUGUUCUACAAUAAGUCUCCGGGCUUCGAGGUCAUCCACGGGCUCCUGGACCGGGUCAUGCAGCUGCUGGAGGUCAAGCCGGACCAUCGCCACGGUUACAGCAUCCAGGCAGUGGAAGAUUCAACCUUCUUCCCGGGCCGCUGUGCAGAGAUCUUUGCGCGCGGGCAGAGUGUGGGACGCCUCGGGGUCCUUCAUCCAGACGUGAUCACCCGCUUCGAGCUCACGCUGCCCUGCUCCGCCCUCGACCUGGACAUCGAGCCUUUCCUGUGAAACCAUGGCAACGCUUGUGAGGACCACACCCACAGCACCCCCACUCAAAUAUGAUUGGCUCAUUGUCUCCACCCUCCAGGCUAUGGCCUGGUCUGAUUGGACUGGAGUACUGUGGCGCUGUGAGGGGUGUGUCUUCAUUCAACAGGACCCAUCAAGGUGGCCGGGGCAGAUGCCUGUGUGUAUUCUGUGUGUUCACACGAGGCCCGUUGAUGUCUGGUGUGUGUGUUAAACACACACAGUCUCCUUUUUUAAAACACCGAAAAGCUGCACAAUAAAGUCUGUCUUUCUUUUCA